CUAGAUAGGUCGCUGUGAUUGGCUGGAUGCAAAGGUAGCUUUGUAUCGUCCAAUCAGAUGCCUCUUUGCUCGAAACAGCUUUAUUUGAGUUCUCCAGCACAGCAUGUACGCGUGAAAUUGAAAGCCUUGCCGUUUAUUUGAUCCUCCUGCACCACGUGUAGGAAUCCAGCUUUAAUUCAACACUGAUCACUGCAGGAAUCCUGCUGACUCUUCCACUCGGAUCACAGUGAUCUCAGAUCACAGUGAUCAUAGUCAUACUGAUCAUGUCUUUGCUUGAAGACCUCGUCCAUUUGAUGAGAUGUGUCCUGGAAUAUUUUGGGGUUCCCCAAGACAUGCUGGUCCCAGUUUGGGAGAGCACUUUGUGUGGACAAUAUCGCAGCAUCGUCCGCAUGAUUGGAACAAAUCUCCCGCUGACACCUUAUCCUCGGCUCCAUUUCCAGGUUCCUUUACAGCCGCUCAGGAGACACGGUCACAUUGAAGUGUCAGUGGAUGUUCCUGCCAUUCCGUCGCUAGCGGAUGUGUUAUGGGUGGCCGAGGACGAAGGAGACAGCUUCACCAUGUUCAGGAAUUCUGUCCCACUGAGGAAGCAUGGAUGGCUGCAUGGCUCUGAAACUACAGCACCUGUAUGUGUACGGCCUGUUCCUGCAGCCCCGCGUGAACAGAAAUUACACACAGCACAGGCAUCACGCACACAACCAGAGGCCCUCGAGAAGAUCCAAGCACUGGAGGCUGAGUUACUGAAAUUACGAGCUCAGAUUGCGAUGAUCGUCACCACUCCAACAGCGGAUGGUCCCCUACCGAACAAUCCCGCCACUCCAUGUUUAUUUUUUCCUGCUCCUGUUCUUACCUCGACUCCUUUCGCAGCGCCCCCACCUCCUCCACCUCCACCUCCUCCACCCCCUCCUCCGCCUCCUGGGGUCGGCACGGAGCAGGUCUCUGUGAUGGACGUGAUUAGACAGAGGCAGGUAGCAAGGAAGGAUAAAGCUGGAGUGUAUGAGGCCUCACCAGCUGCAGUUCCUUCCAUGCUAGAGGUCCUGAAGGAUAUGAGCCAGGUUAAACUUCGCACUGUGGAGAGGUCUCCAGGAGGGACACCUCUACGGAAAAAGGGGAGUAAGGGGACAGUGUGUGCGACGGAUCCUGCUGCUCUUAUUGCUGAAGCGUUGAAGAGGAAGUUUGCACACAGGCAGCGAAACAACUCGUUUGAUAAGGAGAACCGCUCUGCCGAGCCCUCGCCGUUCAGCAGCCCAGACACACCCCGAGUUCCAGUCUUCACGAGACGCCGUCAGGAGCGAAACCAUUUGUCACCUUUAACCUGCGGGUCAGACAGGAAACAGUGUGAUGUCAAAUAGUCUGCUGAAGGUCCUUUGAAGAUUUUUCUCGCUCUCACUUUCUUUCAGCCCCCGCAGUCUUACGGUACUUUUCUUCCUUAGAAGGACAAAUGAGCUGCCUUUUUAUUCAUCACUUUCGGCUGUGGAUUGAUUUGUUUUUAUACAGUUCUGCAGUUCUUACACUGGCGUUUGAGUGUUAACUGUGAAUAUAAGAGGCCAGAUGGUAACAGUUAUGAGUUUAGGUCAAGCCUAUACCUCAUGGACCUCUCAUAUGCAAUACAUCUAAAUGUUUUUUUAUUGUUUGAUUUUUUUUUUAUUAUUAUAUUUGUGUAUUUGCACUGCUUGGCCUGUCUCUUGGUUUUUCAGAAAAGCAUCAACUACUCCAUGUGAAACACUUGUUUAGUACAAGUAGCUUUUUCACUGUUGUGUGAUUGCUACUUUCAAAAUGUUUGUGUAAAUAUGAAACAAAUUUGCAGUAUCUGUGUGUGUGUAUGUACGAUGUGCAUGUGUGUGGACACAUGGAGGCAAGAAUUAUGUAUUUUAACAAAAUUCAGGAAAGCUAUCUAUUCAUCCAUUUCUCCAUCAUGUUCAUUUGAGUUGUGAUGUACCUUUAACCCAUUUCGUACCGUGUAGCUUUCAGGCCAUGACCUCAUUUUCAAAAUGAACAAAAAGAAAUAAACAAGUUCUCUGA